AUGAAUCCGGACAAGGAGGCGGAAGAAAUGGAUGAGAAGGAGCCGGAGCCGAGUCCUCCGCUACCUGACGCCGCGUGUUCGCCACCCCGUGUCGUCUUCCCCACCCUCGAUCUCAGCGCCCUCCUCAUGUUCACUCCCAACUCGAAAUUCACAAUGACGACGUCGUCGCCGAACGGAGGAUCCCCGUUCUCCGGCGGCUCCUCCUCGUCCUCGUCCAACAACUCUUCCCUCUGGGCUUCGUCCUCUUCCUCGUCCGAUUCGUCCUCUUCCGGCAACUCUUCUGUUUGCUGGCCGACGUCGACGUUCGGCUCGCCGGAAGAGUCCAGAAGGCUUCUGACAGUCGUGCCGUCGGAAAUGAGCCGACUCUUGCAGCACGUUUCCGAGUCGCUGCGUAAGUUGUAAACAGAUCUCGUGAGCUUUCGAAGAAAGAUAAAAAUGUUCAGAGUUCGCACGGGUGAUUCAUCAAUUCAUUUCAUUUUCAGUGUCCGCAAAUGGUGAGCUCGUCGUCGCGGCCGCCAACAAUAUGGGCGGUGCAGUCGCUGCUCCAGACGCUCUGGGCUCUGGCUCGAGCUCUGGCCCCAGCUCCGGCUCCAGCUCGACCGUCAUCGCCGCGGCUCCGACCUCUGCCGCGUCUGCCGUGCCUGUCGUCAAAUUCAACACGCAAACGGCUCCGAACGGCAGCACCGUGGCCACCUCGGUCGGUCAGAAUGUCCGUCUCACAGUCAAUGUGAGUUCGUGUGUCUAUAUAUGUUGUUGCUUUUCUCCCUUUUUCGGUUAUGAUUGUUUGAAAAUAGGCUAACCACUGACUUUGCGAUCCCCGAAAAACCAUCGCAACUAACAUUUUUCCGCGUCCUGCGUUCAUUUGAUUUGCACCUUACUUUUUUUUUACAUACUAACACGCUCUCCCUCCCUGCUGUUUUUGUUGUUCAUUCUGUGUUUGCACUCUCCCACUCGCCCAUGCAUUUUUCCAUUUAGCAACCGCAAUUUCUUUGCAGGGAAAACGCGUCGGACGUCCGCCGGGCACCUUCAAAAGACCACCGUACGAUUUGAAUCAACGUCUUCUUGAGGCUUCUAAAAAGAAAAUUUAUAAGAGAAAACAGAAAAACGGGUAACUAGUCAAUGUGGUCCUUUCCUUCUUCUUUUCAUUUUUUCGGUUCAUUCAUUAACAUUCAUCGCCUUUCUCUCCACGUCCAGUCUUCCACUUACCCGACGAUUUUGGUUUUUCUCGUUAAAUUUUCUCGUUUCCAGACGCUAAAUUCGAAAUUCUCGCUGCAAUCACACUUUCUAUGACAUUUUCCUGAGAACAACGCGUCUAGCCUAGCCUUUUCCUUGUCAGUCUCAUUUUCUGAGCAGCUGCUUUUAGACCGAAUCCUGCUCCGGCCACCGAACGCGGCGAAGAAGUCGACGCGGGCGCGUCGGAUCUGAAGUGCAAGUGGAGAAACUGCGGACUCAGAUUCACGCUGCUCAAGGUAGGAAUCGACAGAGCGAAGCGGAGAGUCUUCAACCUGAACCUUCAGAAUCUCGUCGAACACGUGCACGACAACCACGUGCAGUCGUCAUCGCAGGAGCACCACGCGUGGCGGUGCGAGUGGGAGGGAUGCGAUCGGAACGAGACGUUCAAGGCGCUCUACAUGCUCAUCGUUCACGUGCGUCGUCACACGGGCGAGAAGCCGAACAAGUGCGAGGUAAGUAAAAGCGAAAUCGGCAGAAGCAGAAGAGUGCCGGCGCUCAGCUGUAGAGAGUGUCAGCGUCGUAACGGCUUCGGCAGCCGUCAGAUUUAGAUUGUGUUGUUUGACGAUGUCCAUAUUUUAAGUUCUCAAUGUUAUUAACCACAAGUAGUUCGCUUAAAUUGUUCCAGCUCUCUCGUCAAUAAAUAGUACACAUACCCACUGUGUCUCGACUUCUUUUUCCCCCGACGAACCGUAACGGAGCUCUUUUUCAGUAUCCCGGAUGCGGAAAGGAGUACAGUCGACUCGAGAAUCUCAAAACGCACCGUCGCACGCACACCGGCGAGAAGCCGUACAAAUGCGAGUUCGCCGACUGCGAGAAGGCGUUCAGCAACGCGUCGGACCGCGCCAAGCAUCAGAACAGGACGCACUCGAAUUUGGUGAGAAACACUGACAGCUUUUGUUCAACUCCCGCCAAGUUUGUUCGCAGAAGCCGUACGGAUGCCAGAUUCUGGGUUGUUCCAAGUCCUACACAGACCCCUCGUCGCUCCGCAAGCAUAUCAAAGCGGUGCACGGCGACGAGGAGUACGAGAAGGCGAAGAAGUCGCGGCCGGCCAACUACUCGAACCGUCGCCGUCCGGAUCCCCGCCAUGCGCCCACCACCGGCGCCCUCUCCCACCCGUACCUGGGCACUCAGAACGGAAUCGCGGGUCCUUCGGUGGCUCACAGUGUUCAUCAGCAGCAGCAUCAGCAGAACUUUGUAAGUUGGCACCGUCUUUUCGACGGCUAGCACUUUUUUUGCAUGUGAAAGUCCCACACACACACUGUCUUUUCUCACCUAAUUCCCCUCAUUUUUCCCCCACGUUUUUCGUUUUUUUCUAGAUCAAUCUGGCGUUGGCUCAACAUCAUCAACGUGCUCAACUAAUGGCCGCGGUACGGAUAUUUUUCUUUUAAUUUUAAUUUAACCCCUCCCGCUCGCCGCCUAAUUUGAGUUUUGAUUGAUUGCGCUACUUAAUUUGGAGUCUCGACACGACGAUUUUUUCGAUUUUCUCUAAACCCGUUCCUCCACGCACCACUUACCCGCCUCUAGUCACUCACCGUAACGGUUAGGCUUUUUUAGAUUAGUGGAUUCAAAACCUUAAUCGAUUCAGAAAAAAUGCAACGAUUUUAGGCCAACGGCAUGCCCAUGUUGGACCUGAACAACGCGGCCGCCGCCGUCCAAGUCUCGCAAGCCCACCAGGCCCAGAUAAUGAUGCAACAGGCCCAAAUGCAGCAGGCUCAGAUGCAGGCUCAGAUGCAAGUACAGGCCGCCCAUCAGCAGGCGCUGCAAGCCCAGGCAAUUCAGGCGCAGGCGGCUAUGGUGCUCCAGAACAAUCUGCUCUCGGCGCAAGGCCUCCUCGGUCCUUUCACGCCGAUGUCGCCGUUGCUCUCGACGCCCCGCCCGCCGAUGAUGGCUCUGUUCCAGCAGCAACAGCAGCAGCAGCAGCAGCACAACCAGCAGCACAACAUUCCGCCGCCGCCGUCGAUGCUCUCGUUGACGACGCCGCUCGCUCCGGUCGUCACUUCGUCCUCCUCGCUUCCACUCUUCGGAAUGCCGAACCUGGUGGCUCCGCCAGCGAUGCGCGAGCCAAUUCAAGAAGUGACGUUCAGUGUGCCACGUGCUCAGCAGCCAGUCAUCCAGCAGACAACUCCGAAUGGUCAGCAGCAGCAGAACAGCCAGGAUGUCGAAAUGAUCCACGUGGACGGAGACGAUUCGUCGGACGAGGACGAAGAGGAACCGCCGAGCGCUGUCAUGCUCUCGCCGUCCCAGAACAACAGAAACGGCGGCGGAGGAUCGUCGGGAGGAACGCCGGCCACCAGAUCGUCCAGCGGAAACAGCUCGACCGACACGGGAAUGCCGCAAGCGGUCGCGCAGAGAGGACAGAACAACAACGGAUCAGGAGAGCGCGUGAGCAGAGGCUUCCUCAUCGCUGACAUUCUUCAGAUGGCUCUUGACUUCCGUAACGAGCGAAUGCUUCAUGACGGUAAGGAAAAAGGCCCGAUUUCUACCGCUAAUGUUCCGAUUUUCAGCCCUCGACAUGGCCAUCUUCGAGACUCGUACCUUGAGAAAUCUCUUCCAGCUCUACCGUCUCUACCGCCGCUCCACAAUGGCAUAUCCAUUCAACCACCGCGCGAUGAGCUGGCAGGAGGCCUUCCAGCUCUUCCAGCUCUACAAUCAUCGCCUCUUCAACCGUGCCCGCUAUCACGAUUCGCCACGCCAACGUCGUAGUGAAACGCUCAUGCACCGUCUCAUAAACUUUGUCAACUUCAUCGGAAGUCGUCCGGUGCCCGAAAUCACAUUCGACGUAGACGAAGGAUUCGGAGACGAGCUGACCACCAACUGGACGGAUCACAACAAUCGCGUGGCCAACGGACACUUUGCGUUGGAGGACGACGACGAUAGCAGCGACGAGUCGGAUCACGAGAUCGCGGUCGGUGGAGGAGGCGGCGAUGCGAUCGGACUCGACCUCUACGCCCGCCGCGCCUUCCGCCGCAGACGUCGCAUUCGUCGCGAGCAAGUCAAGGAGGCUUGGAUGAACAUCGACGGAGACGCCGCUGAUCAGCCGUACACCAUGAACAUUCUGAGAAACGGAGACGGAGAGAGACCGGAGGGACAGGUGCAGCUGGAGAAGGUGUUCGCCCAGACGGACACUGUCGUUCGUCAGGAGCGAGAGGACGACAAGCGAGUCUCGAUGAACUCGUUCGAGCGCAACUUUGCAGAGGCAAACGUGCGCGCUGAGCACUUCAUGCGCAAGCAUCGCGCGGACAUUGCCGCCGGAUUGGUGCAGGCUGUUUUUGUAAGUUUGUCCAGUCAUAAAACUUGAUUUUUAUUUGAACUCGUUCAGGAGCCAAUCCGACCGGAAUCCUCCGAUGUGCGCAAGAAUAUGAAAAAAGAUCCGAAAUUUCAAAUAACCUCCUUGUUCCGCCGCACGAACAUCGUCGUUGACCAGGCGGAAAUGGAUGCGAAGACGUCGUCGCUCGAAUAUUUAACCGAGAAGUACGAUAUGGACGAGCGCCGCCGCGAAACCGAGGAAAUGAGAGUCAGCAUCGGAUUGACCGGUAAGAGAGGAAAAAACGGACGGACGAGAAUCAUUUUAAACAUUUCAGCUUCGGUCGACCAUAUGAGCCUCGAGGAGCCGACUCUCGACGACAUUCUGCCGGAACCAUCGGUACGUCGCCCCCGUUUCCCUUCGUAAUCCUUUGGAAGUCAAACUGAUGAGCUUCAAAUUAAUAUUAUCGAUUCUUCUUUUCAGACCUCUCUGGUGUCGUACAUGUUCCCGGAAGACGAGCCAAUCACCGCGCUCCCGUCUGCUUCGCCGUCCGCAUCGUCUUCUUCCUCUUCUUCCGCUCCCGACUCGAUCACCGAUUCGCCUUCCGUCUCGCGUCGUCGCACAAUCGAUUCGGAGUGCGAUUCCGAGAGCGACGUGCCGACGAAGCAGCACAAAUAUUAG